AUGCCCCUGGCCAGACCGACGACGUUGUCGCCGCCAAAGGUUCCAGUCUCGCCGCCACGGAGGCUGCUGACUCCGCCGCCACCGUGGCGCUCGCCGCCGCCGCGCUCACCGCCGAUGCUUCCGUCCGAGAUCCGCCACUGGUAUGCCGGAGAAGAGGCGACGCCAAGCCCACCCCACGCCCCGCUUCUUCCGCUCUCGCCGCUCUUCCGCGAGCGUGCCGAGGAGCUGGAAAUGUCGCCGUUGCGUGACCAGCCGAGGCCGGCGUCUCCGCUGUCGUGGCUGGCCUCGCCCGGAGCGGCGAUGCGACCCAAGCGCACCUCUCGUGCAACCGGCCCGCGGCUCUCGGAUGCAGUGCCGCUGCCUGCUGCGCUUUCAGCAUCAGGACUGGCGCCUUCAGCGUCGGCUGAUGGGUGCGCUGACUCCCGCGCUGAUGCGGGCGCUGGCGCCGAUCUGGUCUCCGACGGCUCGCGAACGUAUGUGCUCGGUGACGGAACUGGCGAGGCCGUGCUGGAGCGGCUUGCGCGACGCUCGUUUGCCCCCCAGCCGCACGUGACAGAUCCGCGGUAUAGCGAGCGCAACUCGCUGGCACAGCAGCUCGCGUCGAGGGCGCCACCGCCGCCGGAUGCACAGCUCGCUGCGCACCUCGCGCAGCGGCACCGGUGCGGCUCGUACAACUGGAUCCUCCCGACACCACCACGCAUUCCCACGCCUACCCUACCGGAGCGCUCGACGGCCACACCAGUGUACUCGGGACGAGCAGCAGUCAUUGUCCCGCCGCGGCCUCCGCCGUCGCGCCGGCUCCCUGGCCAGCCGCCGAUCUCGCUCUUGCCACCGCGCCGCCGACUGCCAGGCACUGUGGCCCGAAUCACCCAACUCCCGACUGACAUCCAUCUGUCACUCGACUUUGAAGCGACGGCACACUCGUCACCGAUAGCCACCACCAUGGCUGCAGCCUCUGAGGGCUCGGACCUUCUCCGGACCCGCCUCAGCGACAUUGUACACAUGCUCAUUGCAGAGUUUCCCUACCGCAACGUGUUGCGGACAUACACGGUGCCUACCGAGAAGCAGCCUGUGUGGCUCUCAACAGCAUCGAGCUCGGCACAGCAGGCCGAGGUGGAGACCCAUCUGAGGAACGUGGCUCUUGCUCGACUCGAAGCUGUCGUCCUUGCUACGCUCGAGGGCACCGAGUGGGUGGCGGUCGAUGGCGAGGGCGUGACCGGUGGACGACGCGCGAGGCAAUCGGCUGAUGGUGAUGGCGAUGACGAUGUCGUGGUUGUGGAGCGAGCGGGAGAGAUGGAUGAGGCGACGUCGGACGCUGUGGUGGGCGCGGCGUCGCCGGCUGUGCCGCGGCUAGCGCCGGGCUCCCGAUGGGUGCUAGAAGAUGUGGCCGAACUGGUCGCCGAGUCCAAGUUUGUUCGUGGCAGCCUUGCGGCGGCGGUAACGGUCAUGACCGGCGUGCUGCCAGGCCUCAUUGUGGCGUCGUGCUCUUCCAAGGCCGACGUGGCGGCGGUGAGCGUGACGUCUGUGGCGGCGCUCGGCCUUUACCUCGGCGGGCUGGUGACCGGACCAGUGGCACUCGGCUCGACUGCGGCGGUCGCGGCAUAUCGCAGCCUCACGUGGUCGCAGCGCGUGGUGGCGCAGGCCAAGGCCAGUGUCGAGGCACAGCUUGCAGCAUCGCUGGCCAACCGGCGCGCCAUUGCCGACGCCUUUGCCGCUGCCUUUCUCGACGAGCUCCGCAGCGACCCAGAUCGCUUCAACCGCCUGGCACUGCUCAUCGUCAAGCGACAGAAGCGCCUCGCAGACGAGCGGGCCGCCGCCGCCGCCAUGCCUGCGCUCUCCGACUCGUGGCUCGUUGUCGAUCACGACGAGGCCGAGCCCGCGGCAGCAACCGCGACCACGCUCUCUGGACACGCGGUGCCUCCACAGUCGCCGUCGGAUGCCAUUCCGCUCGAUGCUGUUCUCAGUGGCGGCCAGGCGUCGGCGCCAAUGGCAGUCUCGAUCUCGGUGCUGGAGCACGCAGACCGGCUUGCGCCCAACGUACGCCAGCCAGUGCCGGAGCGUGUGCCGGACCGAGCGCAGUAG